GUGAAAUACGCCAAUCCGCCGUCAUUACGUGAGGAGCUCGUAAUGUUUUGAAGAGCUUUGGUGGGGAAUUUUCUGCCGGAAAAACACAGAAAAUUCCACUAGCAAAAUGAUUAGGAAUAUUGCUUCACUGGCUGUACGCCAAAUGGUGCAAACCAGAACCCUAGCUAGUCGGAUGCAGCCGGUGGGUUCAUCGCUUGCUCUAAACACAAGCCGUACUUUUUCCACCUUUCUACGGUCCGCCGAAGCUUCAUCCCUUCGCAGCACGAUCGCUGGCACUCCUUCCAGCUCGGCCGGACUCAUCAAACCCGUCGCCGCCGUCCGGCUGCUUGAUGCCGUAGCAUCCUCGCCACUGCUGCAAACGCAACCCAGCCGUACCGUGAUCAAGUUUUCACUGCGCAAAGGCAAAAGGAAGACGGUGAAGGCGGUCAUCAAGCGCUUCAAGCGGCUGGAUUGGGGCGGAUGGAUACGGACGCUUUCCGGCCGGCAUAAGAAAAUGUGGCGCAAGAAAGCGAACCGCAAGCGCCGGCUGCGGCAGCACGUGCUGGUGAAUGCGACACAAUCGACGCUGCUGGACAAGAUGGUAACCAAGUAUUGGAAGCGUCCCCGGUACUACAUCGACGAUCCGUACACACCGUACCACACGCGGGAGGAGUUCGUGUACACCCGAAGGAAGCCGCUGAAGUGAAGUUACGGAGAAGGUGCAUUUGUAGUUGGAACAUUAAAAUGAAAGGGUUAAAACUCAA